UGUUUUCACCGUAUAUAAGAAUUAUUAUUACUAGAGGUGCAGUGCGGUGCCGGCUGCUGCUGCUGAUGAAAAUAAACAUGUCUGAACCAUAUGGGCAGAGGGUAGGGUACUCUACUCUUCUUCCUGUUAUUCAUGCCAUCUUCUUGUAAUUCUACUUCUGAGUCUGAUCACACUCUUGGCGACCGUAGAUGAGAACUACCCAUCUUUUGAAUUGGAGCAGAGACGAGCUGUUUAAAUGAGUCGAUUAUAUCCUCUCACAGAUUGCUAAAAAUGGUAGUGGACAUGGCAACUAAUUCAUCUCCUGUGGAAGUCGUCUCUCACACUACAAAGGCCAUCCUUGAGAUAAUAGCAGCCUCUGAUAGCCUGCUUAUUCAGAACAAGAGUUUCCUACAACUCUCAUCUUACUUGGAUAGGAUCAUUCCGCUCUUGCACGAGUUGACUACGAUAGACAUCAUUGCUUCUCAAGGCUUGAGCAACUUUCUUGAAAUCCUAUACCAUGAGAUAAAGGAGGCAAAGAAACUAAUUACUGAUUGCAGUGAAAGAAGCAGGUUUUAUAUCUUAUUGAAUUGUAGAUCAAUUGCCAAGCAAAUCGAUGAUAUUACUAAAGAGAUUACCCAUGCACUAAGUUGCUUUAGUUUUGCUUCUCUAAACAUUUCAUUGAAGAUCAGGGAAGAUAUCAGCCAACUUGUUAGUGAAAUGCAGAAUGCUGAUUUCGGUGUUGCAAUGGCAGAAGAAGAGAUCUUAGAGAAAAUAGAAUCAGGCAUGCAGGAAAGAAGUAUUGAUCCGAUCUAUGCCAAUAAUUUGUUAGUUUCCAUUGCAAAGGCCAUUGGUGUUUCAACCCAACGUUCGGAAUUGAGAAAGGAAUUUAACAAACUCAAGAGCGAGAUAGAAAAUUUGCGGUUGAGGAAACAUGAUAAUGAAGCCAUACAGUUGGAUCAAAUGAUUGUUUUGCUAGAAAAGGCAGAUGCAGCAUCAUCUCUUGAGGAUAGAGAAAACAAAUACUUAAGUAAGAGACAAUCUUUAGGCAUGCAACCAUCGGAACCUCUCUUGUCUUUUUAUUGCCCAAUCACUAAAGAAGUUAUGGUUGAUCCUGUGGAGACACCUUCAGGGCAUACAUUUGAGAGGAGUGCUAUAAUGAAGUGGUUACUGGAGGCAGACGAACCAGUAUGUCCCUUGACGUCAAUUCCAUUGGACACUUCAAUGCUGAGGCCUAAUAAAACCCUGAGGCAGUCUAUUGAAGAAUGGAAGGAGAGGAACACCAUGAUCACUAUUGCGUCACUGAAAUCUAGACUUUUGUCGGGACAAGAGGAAGAGGUGCUUCAUUGCUUGGAACAGCUGAAGGAUCUGUGUGAACAGAGAGAAGCACACAGGGAAUGGUUGGUUUUCGAGAAUUAUAUACCAAGUCUUGUUGAGCUUCUUUGUGUGAAGAACCGGGAUAUUAGGAAUCGAGCUCUUCUCAUACUUUGCUUGCUGGUAAAGGGCAAUGAUGAUGCUAAGGAAAGAAUUGCUAAAGUUGAGAAUUCCAUUGAACCAAUUGUUCAGUUUCUUGGCCGUCGUAUUGGUGAAAGAAAAUUAGCUGUGACAUUACUACUGGAACUCUCAAAAUGCGGGGUAGUGCGUGACUGUAUUGGGAAGGUCCAAGGCUGCAUACUUCUUCUGGUAACCAUGUUAGGUAACACUGACCGACAAGCUGCCAAAGAUGCUAAAAAUGUCUUGGACAAUCUUUCAUACUCUGAUGACAAUGUUGUGCUCAUGGCAAAAAAUAAUUAUUUUAGAUAUCUACUGGAACGUCUAUCUUCAGAUUCUGAUCAUGUUAAGAUGACAAUGGCAAAAACCUUGGGGGAGAUGGAAUUGACUGAUCAUAAUAAAUCAUCACUAGCUGAAAGUGGUGUCUUGGAUGUACUUAUUGUAUUAGUCUCGCAUGAUGACGUGGAAAUGAAAUUAGUAGCAAUUCAAGCACUUCUGAAUCUUGCAAGCUUGAAAAAGAACGGGCAGGAGAUGAUAAAGAAGGGUGCAGUCCCUCCACUGUUGGAUAUUCUCUACCAACAAACAUCACCAGAAAGGUUGCGUGAACUAGUGGCAGCUACUAUUGUGCAUCUUGCUCUGUCAACUAUACCUGAAGGUUCUCACUGGACGCCGGUUUUGAUGCUGGAAUCUGAUGAGGAUAUUUCUGAACUGUUUUCCUUAAUUAAUCUGACGAGUUCCCCCCUACAGCAAAACAUUCUCCAAGCUUUUCAUGCCAUGUGCCUAUCUCCAUCUGCUAAUGCAGUCAAAUCAAAGCUAAGAGAGUGCUCAGCUGUUCAAACAUUGUUCCAAUUAUGUGAGGUCGAUAAUAUCAUUUUACGUCCAAGCGCUGUGAAGCUGUUAUGUUGCUUAACUGAAGAUGGUGAUGAGACUACAAUGUUGGAGCAUCUGACACAAACUUCAAUUGAAACCUUGCUCAAACUUAGUAAGACUUCUGAUGAUGAGGAAGAGAUUGCCUCGACCCUGGGUAUAAUUGCUAACCUUCCGAACUCUACCCAAAUCUCUGAGUGGCUGUUGCAAUCUGGAAAUCUCCCUAAAAUUUUUAGUUUUAUUCCUGAUGGUAAGAGUAGUAUUCACCAAAACGAUCAGCUGACCGAGAAUGCUGUGGGAGCCAUAUGUCGUUUGACUGUUCAAACAAGCGUUCAAUUACAGAAAAAAGUAGCAGAAGCCAGCAUUAUCCCCUUGCUGGUAAAGUUGCUAGAUAUAGGAACCAGCUCAACAAUAAGGCGAGCUGCCAUAUCUCUUGCUCAGCUUUCAGGGAGUUCCCCUAUGCUGAGUAGGCAAAUCUCAAGGCAUCAAGGUUUUUGGUGUUUCUCAUCAUUACCAGAGGAAGCCUGCCCUGUUCAUCAGGGAAUUUGUACAGUGGAAUCCUCAUUUUGCCUAGUAGAGGCCGGUGCAAUUCCUCCUCUUAUUCGGGUUCUGAGGAAGCCAGAACCCGACGUCUGUGAAGCUGCUUUGGAUGCCCUCUUGACUUUGAUCAACGGUGAAAUGUUGCAAAAUGGUUGCAAAGUGCUGGCUGAAGCAAAUGCGAUGCCUGUUAUAAUUAAAUUAGUUAGCAGCCCUUCUUCUAGUUUGCAGGAAAAGGUUUUGAAUUCUCUGCAGAGGAUUUUUAACUUGGUGGAAUAUAAGCAAAAGUAUGGAGCUUCAGCUCAGAUGCCUCUGGUGGAUUUGACGCAAAGGAGAGACAGUAGCUUGAAAUCUUUAGCCGCCAAGAUACUUGCUCAGUUAAAUGUGCUUCAUAAUCAGUCUUCUUAUUUCUAAAGGAAAACACUUGUUUCCUUCUCGACUUUGCUAGAAUUUCCAGCUUUAUUGAUCUGAUGUUCUUCUCAUAUGUAUAUCUGUUGGUUGUUUGCUUUAUGUCGGAACAUUGAAGCCACAGCUGAUCUUGGCAUUAAAGAAGCCAGGUUGCACUAAAAUACAGUGAAAUUCUUUUGUAGUUGAGAAUAUUUAUAUUUGUAAACUAUUUGUGAU